AUGAAGAGGAGGAUAGGCAGUGUAAACGCUCUGCACCAACAGAGUGCAUCAACACAGAUCAAGUUUGACAGAACCGACCUGUUACGCGUUCAAAUUCCUCAUGAGGAUCCGUUAGUCGUUAGUUUGACACUAGCAGAAUACCUGGUACGACGAGUCCUGAUUGAUCCUGGGAGCAGUGCAAAUGUUAUACCCAGGGACACAUUCAAUCGGCUCGAAAUAAAACCCGAGAGGCUUAAGCCCACUACAAAUCCCUUGUUAGGGUUUGAUGGAAAACAGGUUGAACCCAUCAGAAUGGUGGAAGUUGCAGUACAAGCUACAGAAAGGGUUCUGAUAGAGAGCUUUGUGGUAGUUGAGAUCCACCCGUCUUACAACCUUCUGAUGGGCAGAGGAUGGAUUCAUAGAGUUCAGGGUGUUCCCUCAAGUCUGUACCAGGUAAUGAGGUGCUUAGGGCCUGACGAAAAUAAGGUAAUUGACAUUCACGGGGACCAAGUUGCAGCUAAGAAGUGUUAUUCUGUGACGAUGAAAUCCGCUGGGAAAGGAAAAACAGCUAUUCGCUCAGCAAGCUCGAAAUAG